AUGAGAGCCCCCUACUCACUGUCCUGCCUCUUCCUCCUGAGCCUGGGGACCUGCUUCCCCCCCAGCCAGCCGCAGGAGCCGGGACACCCGGGGGAAUGGACCCUGCUCGGUCCCAGCUGGCGAGCGGCUGCCGAGGACGCGGGGGCCGGCUGGAGGGCAGGAGCGAAGCGGCGGCGGAGCGAGGAGCUGGGCGCGCUGCUGAGCAUCGCCCGGGAGCUGCGGAGCUAUGGAGAGGAAGGGGCCGGGCAGCGGGCGGGCCGGCAGCGCGGCUCCGAGCUCCGGGCAGGGGAGAAGCGCAGCGGCACGCUGGGGAACCUGGCCGAGGAGCUCAACGGCUACAACAGGAGGAAAGGCGGCUUCACCUUCCGCUUCGGGAGAUGA